ACUGCCUAUGUGCGCUGCACUUGGGUGUAGAGAAAUUUCAACAACAGCGACCAGCAGAAACCGUAAAAUUAAUCGCAUUUUUCGCAUAGCUUGGCCGUCUCGAGUUGCGGGCGUGUGUGAGUGAGCGCCGGAGCUGUCUGAGCAAAGGAAAUCAAGGUCGACGGAGGCGAACAGCGGGCCAGAAUGCGGAGCACAGCCCCGGCAACUGGUGCUAUCAAAUCGAAAUCGUCCAACAUCUGAAAAAAUCAAUCGGGCCUCAGUCCGACCGAGCAGGAUGAGCAGCAGUAGUAGCAGCAACAACAACGCCCCAGACACUAGCAAUGUUAACGACUCGGGGUCUGGUAAUGGUACCCUAGACAGCAACCUGGUGAUCAUCCAGGACAUGAUUGAUCUCUCGGCUAACCACUUGGAGGGCCUACGGACGCAAUGUGCCACUAGUUCGACGCUCACGCAGCAGGAAAUUCGAUGCUUGGAGUCGAAGCUGGUGCGCUAUUUCUCCGAGUUACUGCUGGCCAAGAUGCGGUUAAAUGAGCGCAUUCCUGCGAACGGCCUACUGCCCCACGCCACUGGCAACGAACUGCGUCAGUGGCUCCGAGUAGUGGGCCUGAGUCAGGAGUCGCUUAGCAUUUGCCUAUCCCGUCUCAGCACUCUGGAGCAGAGUUUACGGCUUAGUGACGAUGAGAUUCGACAAAUGCUGGCCGACCAACAGCCGAAACAUGGCCAGCGCGAGGGAGAGGAGCUGCGACGGCUUACGAAGGCCAUGCAAAACCUGCGAAAGUGCAUGGAGUCCCUGGAGAGCGGCACGGGAGCUGUCAGCAAUGAUCCGGAGCAGUGGCAUUGGGACUCGUGGGAUAGGCCCAUCCACAUUCACCGUGGCAGCGUGGGAAACAUAGGACUGGGUCUUAACACCGCCUCCCCAAGGUCACAUCACAGGGCCAAGGGAAAGAAUACUAAUACCACUUCCAAGAGCGGCCGCCAGUCGCCCGAACAGCAAGGAUCCCAGCUUACCUUAACCCUGACGCCCUCGCCCCCAAACUCCCCAUUCAUGCCUCCCAACGGGAUGAGCAGUAGCCUGAAGGGAACCCCGCAAAGGACUCGGACCCCGCCGCCCGCCAAGAAACACCAGACCCUGCUUCAGAGCCAGGGAGCAACCGAAGCAGACCAGCCCGUUAGGAACCGGCUCCCAACGGAUCCCAGUCCUGACAGUCAUAGUUCAGCAAGCUCGGAAAUUUUUGUGGACGCGAAUGCAGGUCUGGUGGGCAGUUCUUCCAAUGUUCUAAAGGUGCCCUGCUCUCCGGGAGUUGGCCAUGUAGGCAUCGGCCAUGCCAUAAAACACCGCUUUAGCAAGGCUAUUGGCUUCAUCGCCACCUGCACCUUUUGCCAGAAGCAGGUCUUUUCCCGCUGGCUGAAGUGCACCGACUGCAAGUACAUCUGCCACAAGGGAUGUGCCCAGCACGUGCCCGCCUGCUGCGGACUACCGAGGGAAUACGUGGACGAGUUCAGGCACAUUAAGGAGCAAGGCGGAUACGCCACCAUGCCACCUGUUCAUGGCGCCGUCAAAGGUUCUCCGCUGGUGAAGAAGAGCACUCUGUGUAAGCCCCAUCACCAGCAGCACGGGGACAGCAGCUCGCCCAGCUCCAGCUGUACCAGUUCCACGCCCAGCAGUCCCGCGCUGUUCCACCAAAGAGAAAGAGAUCAAGCUGGUAGCUAUGGAGGCAGCAGUUCCAGUGCCAACCUGGUGCCCACACCAUCGCUGGGAAAGAAUCAUCAGAGUCAAUUCAACUUUCCGAACGUCACGGUCACCAGCAGUGGAGGAAAUCAAGGCGACACGCUCAUCUCGAAUGAGCCAGUCCCGGAGCAGGCGGUUCCGCCACCUAGCAGCGUGGUAAACGGAGGAUUGGACAGCCUAACGAGUAGCUCCAAUGGCCACAUGAGCUCCCUGAUAAAUAGUCAGUCGUCCAAUGCGUCCAGCAACGUCACCGUCACGGGCAGCCUGAUUAACAGCACGACAACCACAACCAGCACCAAUAGCUUCUACCCGCGGAAGCUGAGCUCGGCCGGAGUGGACCGGAGAACACCCUUUGCCAGCGAGUACACCGACACCCAUAAGUCAAACGACAGCGACAAGACGGUUUCGCUAUCUGGAAGUGCCAGCACGGAUUCGGAUCGUACGCCUGUUCGCGUCGACUCCACUGAAGAUGGCGACUCUGGGCAGUGGCGUCAGAACUCAAUUUCCCUCAAAGAAUGGGACAUUCCGUAUGGAGAUCUGCGGCUGCUGGAGAGAAUCGGCCAGGGACGGUUUGGAACCGUGCAUCGGGCGUUGUGGCACGGAGAUGUGGCUGUGAAACUGCUGAACGAGGACUACCUUCAGGACGAGGACAUGCUGGAAACUUUCCGCAGCGAAGUGGCCAACUUUAAGAAGACGCGGCACGAGAACUUGGUGCUCUUCAUGGGCGCCUGCAUGAAUCCGCCGCAUCUGGCCAUCGUGACAUCGCUGUGCAAGGGCAACACUCUGUACACGUACAUUCACCAGCGCCGUGAGAAGUUCGCCAUGAACCGGAUCCUGCUUAUUGCCCAACAGAUAGCUCAGGGAAUGGGAUACCUGCAUGCUAGAGACAUCAUCCACAAAGACCUGCGCACGAAGAACAUCUUCAUCGAGAACGGCAAGGUGAUCAUCACGGACUUUGGGCUCUUUAGCUCCACCAAGCUGCUCUACUGUGAUAUGGGCCUGGGUGUGCCCCACAACUGGCUGUGCUACCUGGCGCCGGAGUUGAUACGGGCCCUGCAGCCGGAAAAGCCAAGCGGCGAGUGCCUGGAAUUCACCCCCUAUUCCGACGUCUACUCCUUUGGAACUGUGUGGUACGAACUGAUAUGUGGAGAGUUCACCUUCAAGGAUCAGCCAGCGGAAUCGAUCAUCUGGCAGGUGGGUAGAGGAAUGAAGCAGUCGCUGGCCAACCUGCAGUCUGGCCGGGAUGUCAAGGACCUGCUAAUGCUGUGCUGGAGCUACGAGAAGGUUGCCCGGCCGGACUUUGCACGACUCCUGUCGCUGCUGGAGCACCUGCCAAAGAAAAGACUCGCCCGAAGUCCCUCGCAUCCUGUUAACCUUUCCCGAUCAGCGGAGUCCGUCUUCUGAGGGAUCUGGCUGUCCAUAACUGCUCCCCACAACAACAACAACAACAACAAACUCCUCGGCAAAGUUCAAACGUGCUAGGCUAAGCCCCCCCCCCCCCUCCACAAUUGUAAAUAUUUAAACGUAACACUACAAACACUAUAUAGCAAACGAUUUUAAACCCUAAAUAUAUAUACAUAUUAUCGAAUGCAAUCCAGUUGCAGUUGUGAAACUUAACGAAACAAAGGCAAACAAAUGUUAACUCGAAAAAGACAAACGUUUAAAUGUUAAAAGUAAUAAGCAGAGGCAACCUCACAAACAGAUAAAAUAUUUAAAAAACAAAAUAAGCACUGUGGAAAAUGAAAAAAAAAAGGUAAACGUUAAUCAGGUGAGCAAUUUCUAAAUUGUUAAUUAUGUGUAAGCAAAGCUCUAUCUAUAUAUAUAUAUAUAUAUAUAUUGUAUGUGUAUAUACCGAUGUGUAUAUGAGAGAUUAGUCCUUAAAUAAAUAUAUAUAUUGUGCAUUAUGUAUGGUCAGAUGUAUAUAGCAAAGGAGUUUACUGCGAAAUCAAGCAAAAUGUCAAAUAAACUUAUCACUACAAACAAAUUAAAA